AUGAAGGGCGCACUCAAGUCGAUCAAGCGAGGUAGGUCGGUCGUCUCGAUUGUCACUUCCUGCUCCUGCAUAUGACUGACCCGCUGCUGAUACACGCUUCCCGUUCCCUGCGGCGUCCACCCCCCCCCCCUUCACCGCCUGCGCCUGUCCACCCCUCGCUCACCACCCAACUGCCACCGGUCUCAACCCCCACGAUCACCGUCCGGCUUUGACAUGAUAUAGCUCCCCACCUGCUCACCUCCAAGGUGGGCAUGACGACGAGUAAGUCGUGAUGGACCGCAGGCUGGGACGUCAGCGCCGGGCGUGGUCGUCGAUGACGCUCCGAGCUUUCCUUUGAGCGGCCCCUCCUGGUGGGGUGUCUCGUCCGCCUCAUCUGACCAGACACGUCGUGUUGACUCGUCUUGAUACUCUCACAGAAUCAUCCGAUGCUGAAACGGACGAGAUCGUGCGCAAAUUCACGGGUCUCGAGGGUAUGUCUCUUUCGCAGGUGGUGCAGCCGAGCCGAGCCCGAGCCCGAGCCCGAGCACGAGCACGAGCUGGUUAAGCAGCGCCACGGACUCACCGCCGACCUCCACCGACUUGCUCUCGCACAGAAUACACGGCCAAGAUAUUGAAGGACACCACUACGUUCCGGGACAACAUCUCGAGUUGGUUCUGCGUCGCACCGAGUCCUCACACACGAUGUUCAUCUCGCUGACCCUCGUCCUCAUCCCCCACCAUCCCCGUGGAUCAGUCAUGCUCACCUCCGGAGCCGGGUUCGCCACCGCGUUCGCGACCUUGUUCCAGCCCAUCAACGACGAAGCCUCCCUGACGGUCAAGCACCCCGAAGCCGCCACGACCCUGCGCAACAUCUCGAGCUACCAAGAGCUCAUGGCCGAACUGAGGGACACGAUCCAGCCUGAACUCGAGUUGAUCGACUCGAGGGUGAUCGCACCCCUGAGGGAGUACCAGGACUUGCUCAAGAAGAUCCGCAAGACCGUUACGAAGCGAGAACACAAGGUGCGUUGGCCCAGUCGAGAGUGCGUACAGCUGUGUGGGAUAGAAAAAAUCUGACCCUUGGACCGGCACCUCGUUGCACUCACUAGCUCGUCGACUAUGACCGCUUCAACAACUCGUACAAGAAGCUGUCCGACAAGAAGGAAAAGUCACUUUCGGACGAGAAGAACCUGUUCAAGCUCGAACAAGACCUCGAGCAAGCCACUCAGGAAUACGAGCACUACAACGGGUGAGCAAGGGGAGGGCUGCCGCACACGGCCGAUCCAUGCUCAAUGCUCAUGAGCUGCACUUUUUUUCCCUUCUUACAUAGCAUGCUCAAGAGUGAUAUCCCUCACUUUUUGAGGCUCACGACGGCGUUCAUCUCGCCCAUCUUCCAGACGUUCUACUUUAUCAAAGUCGGCAUCCUCUGUGAGUCGAACCGCCGCAUAUAGCGAACGAGCCUGGACUCAUUUGUCAGGCUUGCGACCGCCUCACAGAUACGAUGCUGGACAAGAUGCAAUCUUGGGGUUCGCAACACUACGGCGACAUGUCGAUCCAGGGCAUCGAGUCGAUGCACUACGAGCGACUUGGUGACGCCGUCGAACGACUUGAAGCACUGACCAUCACCAAGCGCUACAUGGGAAGCGGUGCGUAGAGGAAUUUGCUUCUGGCCUUGUCGAGCUCAUGAGAGCUGAAGUAUAUUCCUCGCGUACAGCUCGCAUGAUGCAACAACACCGAGAAACCUCGGGAUCCGACACCGCCUCGACCUACUCACGCACAUCCCGAACCGGAUCCGUCGCGCCAUCGUCCUACGCUUCCAAGCCACCCGUUCGAGCCGGAUCGUACGGUACACCCAGUGCGGCGGCCGAGGAUCCUGCUCCGCCUUAUACCGCUGGAGGAGCGAGUAGCGUCGUAGCGGGUAAAAGGGCCGCGCCUCCACCACCUGCGCCGAAGAGACCGGGUGGACCGGCGGUCACUUAUGUUACGGCGCUGUAUGAUUAUGCAGCUACGGUCAGUUCAUUUCUUUAGACAGAGCUCACUCGGAGAUCGUGAUCGCUGACUCGAGUGAGGAGAGGAUUGAACGAUCAUAGGCCGAAGGGGAUCUUUCGUUCAGUGCGGGGGAUCGUAUCGAGUUGGUGACCAAGACCGCGAGCACGGAGGAUUGGUGGACGGGUAAGGUCCAUGAACAGCAAGGUGUCUUCCCUGGGUAA